AUGGAAGACAUCAGGCGAUACCAAUCCAACAACGACGAGUUGAACGAGACAGCUCAAGCUCCUUCACCGGCGGUGCGUCCAUCUCCCACCACCAGCGGCAGUACCGGCCUUGCCAAACUCUCACUCCCCCACACCACAGACCCGCCAUCGGCGUCGAACCCUCCACGACAGAAAGUAUGGCUGGUAUUCGGAGCCACAGGCCACAUGGGCAGGUCGGUGACCAAAACAGCCUUAUCUCACGGCGACAUGGUCAGCGCAGUUGGGCAAUUGUACCAAGACACGCCAUCAUCGAUGAAGAACUGGUGGCGAGACGACCCGGACCGGUACCUAGGAUUACUCUGCGACGUGCGGAUCCGCGAGACGGUGGCCCGCGUGAUUGACGAAACAAUCAAACAUUUCGGACGCAUCGACAUCGUGGCCAACUGCGCCGGGUACGGCGUGAUCGGGGCGUGUGAGGACCAAGACGAGCACGAGGUGCGCAACCAGUUCGAGACCAACUUCAUGGGCACCCUCAACAUCAUCCAGCUGUCGUUGCCCUACUUCCGCAACCGCAAUCAAAUCCAGGACCGCAACAACCACGCCCGCCACGGGCAUUACGGCCACGCAAGCAGUGGUGGCCGCUACCUGAUUUUCAGCAGCACGUCCGGCGCCCUCGGUGUACCUGGAUUAGGGCCCUAUUGCGCAACCAAAUAUGCCGUCGAAGGCCUGAUCGAGAGCAUCCUGUACGAGGUCGACCAUUUCGGCAUCCGCGCGACCCUCGUGGAACCCGGCCAUGUCCGCCGGGACGACAACCAUGAAGAAGACGACGCCUACGACCAUGAGAUGGGCAAUACUAGUACCAUCAACACCAACACCUUGAACUCCAACAAUCCUUCGAAGCUGACCGACUCCGCUUCCGCUUCCGCCCCUGGGGCCCAAUCAGCCCAACGCCCAACAACAACAAAGAGGCAACCACUGCCCAUAUUCGGACACUUCAAAAUCGCAAAACCCUCAGAACCCUACGCCGCCAAAGACAGUCCCGCGGCCCACGCCCAGCGGACCCUCCAAUGGAUCGGCGACAACCAGCCCACCAGCGUCGUGCGCGCCGCCGAACUCGUCUGGCAGCUGGGCCAUUGCCGAUACCCGCCUCUACGGCUGUUGCUGGGCAGUUUCGCCGUCGACAGCAUCCGCGACCGUCUCAAGUGUAUCAUUGAAGAAAUCGAGGAUUGGAAGCACUUGAAUUUCCCGCCCCUGGAGGGCCACGACGAGGAGGACGAUGUGGAUGACGAAGAUAACGCGGAAGGAGAAGAAGACGGGGGUGGCAGGGGCGGAGACAGUGGCCGAGACGAGGAACAAGAUCAAGAGCAGGAACAAGAGGCCCUCGAUACUAGUACGGCGGAUGCAGGUCCCUCUGCAGCUGCUCAAGCAGACGCAAAGUCAGACAACAUUGCCGACAGCAAUGACCAAGCUGAUACUGGUGCUGGUGGUACUAGCGACCAUCAUCAACAACCACCACCCCUGGAAGCCGAGGGGAAGGGUGGUGAGCCGCAGCAAUCUAUCAGCACCAUUAUCAAGCAUGAACAGGAACAGCAAGAAGCCAUGGACUUGGACGAUUGA